AUGGACUACCCUUCUAAGCAGCACAACCGAAUUUUUCAUUUUAAUUUUAGGGAGAACGAUGAAUUAGUAAAAGACGAGAAAUCUGAUUUAAAGGAAAAGUCUGCAGGAACUAAGAAGGCAAAUAGAUUUCAUCCAUAUUCAAAAGACAAGAACGCAGGCACUGGAGAAAAGAAGGGCCCAAAUCGUAACAGAGUUUUCAUCAGCAACAUCCCGUAUGACAUGAAAUGGCAAGCUAUUAAAGAUCUGAUGCGAGAAAAAGUUGGUGAGGUUACAUACGUGGAGCUCUUUAAGGAUGCGGAAGGAAAAUCAAGGGGUUGUGGUGUGGUUGAAUUCAAAGAUGAAGAAUUUGUAAAGAAAGCACUAGAAACCAUGAAUAAAUAUGAUCUUAGUGGAAGACCUCUGAAUAUUAAGGAGGAUCCUGAUGGAGAAAAUGCUCGCAGAGCACUGCAACGAACGGGAGGAACAUUUCCAGGAGGACAUGGCCCUGACAUGGGAUCAGGGUUGUUGAAUUUGCCACCAUCCAUUCUCAAUAAUCCAAACAUUCCUCCUGAGGUUAUCAGUAAUUUGCAGGCUGGUAGACUUGGCUCCACAAUUUUUGUUGCUAAUCUUGACUUUAAAGUUGGUUGGAAGAAGCUUAAGGAAGUGUUCAGCAUCGCUGGAACUGUGAAGCGGGCAGAUAUUAAAGAAGACAAAGAGGGCAAGAGCAGAGGAAUGGGCACAGUCACUUUCGAACAAGCAAUCGAAGCAGUUCAAGCAAUCUCGAUGUUCAAUGGUCAAUUUUUGUUUGAUAGACCAAUGCAUGUGAAAAUGGAUGACAAGUCUGUUCCUCAUGAAGACUACCGUUCACCUGAUAGUAAGACACCACAGUUACCACGGGGUCUUGGAGGCAUUGGAAUGGGACUUGGUCCAGGUGGGCAGCCUAUUAGUGCCAGCCAGUUGAACAUAGGGGGUGUCAUGGGAAAUUUGGGCCCAAGUGGUAUGGGAAUGGAUGGUCCAGGUUUUGGAGGAAUGAAUAAAAUUGGAGGAGGCAUUGGGUUUGGUGGCUUGGAGGCAAUGAACAGCAUGGGAGGAUUUGGCGGAGUUGGCCGAAUGGGAGAGUUAUACCGUGGUGCGAUGACUAGUAGCAUGGAGAGAGAUUUUGGCCGUGGUGAUAUUGGAAUAAAUCGAGGAUUUGGAGAUUCCUUUGGUAGACUUGGCAGUGCAUUGAUUGGAGGGUUUUCAGGAAGAAUAGGAGCUUCUAACAUGGGUCCAGUAGGAUGUGGAAGAACAAUUGCUAAGCUCGGUAGGAUAAAAACUACUAUAGCAUUAAUAGGUGGUGGACUGGGUGGCGUGAACAGUAUGACUGGAGGAGUGGGUAUGGGACUGGACCGGAUGAGCUCGAGCUUCGACAGAAUGGGACCAGGUAUUGGCGCUGUUUUGGAAAGGAGCAUCGAUAUGGAUCGUGGAUUUUUAUCAGGUCCAAUGGGAAGCGGAAUGAGAGAGAGAAUAGGCUCCAAAGGCAACCAGAUCUUUGUCAGAAAUCUUCCCUUUGACUUGACUUGGCAGAAGCUAAAAGAGAAAUUCAGUCAGUGUGGUCAUGUCAUGUUUGCAGAAAUAAAAAUGGAGAAUGGGAAGUCAAAAGGCUGUGGGACCGUCAGAUUUGACUCUCCAGAAUCAGCGGAGAAAGCCUGCAGAAUCAUGAACGGCAUCAAAAUCAGCGGCAGGGAAAUCGACGUUCGCCUGGACCGUAAUGCCUAGUUCAGCCACGGGUAGAACAUCCGUAAACCUGUUGGGCUGAAUCUCCUAGUCAGUGUCACUUUUUAGUAAUACGUAUGCUUAUAAAAGCUGUACAAAAUGAACUUUUACAAGUCCCACCAGCUUUUUACAGUAUAGUGUUAAAAUAUACUGUGAGUUUUGUUAAUGGUUUUUAAAGACAGAGCGUUUGGUCAUUCAGUUUAAAUGAAUGGUUAUACUGUUUUUAAUCAAAUAAGCC